AUGCGUCAGGACCCUCGGAGUUCCAACGAAACUGCAUCUGUCAUAUCCUUGAAAUAUAACAAUGACGAGAAUCUUGCUACUCUGUUGAGCAAUACAACUACGGAGAAGCGUUCGAUCCCUGAAUUGACGCCACUGACAUGUUGGACAGCAAAACUUCUUUUUAGGGCUGAUGCUGAAUAUCCUUCGGUCAAGGAGUCAUUGAUCGAGGUUAAUUGGUCCGAAGCCUGUCGAUUACCAGCACAAUGUACAAUUUCUCCCACUUCAGCAGAAGAAGUUUCUCUUGCUAUGAAAGUUAUUCCUUUUCUUCAGGUCCCGUUUGCAGUUCGAAGUGGAGGCCACUCUUCUAACCCUUAUUGGUCAAGCAUCGGCUUUAACGGAAUCUUGAUCUCGACCACAAAUCUUGAUUCUAUUGCUAUCAGCUCAGAUAGUUCGAUAGCUAGUAUUGGCCCUGGACUAAGACGGGGUGCUGUGUAUGAGGCGCUUGAUCCAUAUGGCGUAUCAGUGAUCGGUGGCAGAACCCCCAGGUUGGGGAGAUGGGUUGUUCUCGCAACUGGUGAAAUCGUGAAUGCAAAUGCAGAAACAAAUUCUGGCCUUUUCUGGGCAUUGAAAGUAGGUGGUCCUAACUUCGGUUGCUCAAUGGGUCUCGUGUAUUCGGAGCCCGCCAUUUAUCCUGAUGCUUUCACUCCCUUUGCCGCAAUUCCCAACGGUAUUGUCAGAGUUCCAGCCGCCAACGCAACAGUGUCUCUUCUGAGUACCAUACUUGGCAGGUGGACCACCAUAACCAACUGGGCUUCGGUAGACGACGAUAACGCUGUACUGGACGCGGUCAAAUCGAUUGGCGAUCAAUUCGAAACGCUUGGCGCAGCUCGAGAUACCAACCUCUCCUAUCUAUAUAUGAAUGACUGCUACGCGGACCAAAAUCCUCUAGCCCAGUAUCCGCCUGCAAGUAUUAAGGCCAUGAAAGAAAUUGCUGCAAAAUAUGACCUUAUUUGGGUAUUCCAACUUCUACAGAAAGGAUUUGGCUUUGGGGGUAAAUUCUAG